AUGGACUCAAAUUGGGUAAUAAUAAAUUCAUGUGGCAAUUUAAUGAGAUUGCAAAUUAUCAAGAUAAUCUUAGAAAUGAUGUCUGAAAAUAAAGAACAAAACAGCUACAAUGAUUCAGAUCAGUCUGAAAAUAAUAAUAAUACACCCUUUCUGCCAUGUAAAUCAUUUGAUGAGUAUGAUGAUUAUGAAAGUGAAGAUACUGAUUCAGAGUAUGAAUCACCCGAAGAGUAUAACGAACAGUAUUUUUCACAAUUAGAGCCAUCAUUUCAGGUCCAGCCAUUUACACCAGAGCCAAAUCAAUCAAUUGUUACUACAGUGUUCAAAGUUAAUAAAAAAAUUAAUAUUACAAAUGAUAUUAGAACCAAAAUAUUAUAUGAAACAUUAUAUAGUAUCAUAGAAAUGAAAAACAAUAAUGAUGGCAGUGAAAUUCCUAAAGUAAGAAAAUAUAAAAGAGUUGGAAAAGAGGGACUCAAGACAUGCUUUAUAUGUAGAUCUACAUACUCACCAGAGUGGAGAAAAGGUUGGGUAGAAAGGGAUGGUUUUUCAACACAUGCACUUUUAUGUAAUAAAUGUGGUCUCCGAAUUGCAAAGCAAAAAAAAUCUGAUGAAAAAACUAGAGAACAAAAUAUUUUUCUAAAAUGGUUUUUAAUUUUUACAGUAUAUGUGAAGGUUUGUAAAAAUAUUAUUCCUUCUACUUUGUCUAUUCUUAGACUUGAACAUAAAAAUGAGCACGUGGCUGAAUUAAAAUGGAUUGAUACCCAAUAUUUGAUAUGUGUCUUAAAACGUGUUGAUAUUGAAAAAGAAAGAAUUAUAUUUAAAGUCAUAAAUCAAACAUUGGGGUUUUGUUUAUUCUUUGUAAAUAUGGUUUUUAAAUCUGUCUAUUUAAUCUCAAAUCAUCCAUCAACUAUUCCACCACCAACACCUACGCUAAUAGAAGCAAUCAAAAUAUUUCAAUAA